GAUAGACAAAGGUGUUUGGUAAGAACAGUGACAAAGACCAUCCUCCUCCUCCGCCAACCACCGCCGCGAACCUACCCCCAUCUGGCCCAGUUCGCCUGCUGCACUUUCUGCCAUUUUUCCAUCUAUAUACCCACCAUCCCAGAGAAAUAUAGAUCGCCAAUCGGGAAUUCCUCCUCUGAUCUCCAAAUGGCGCGGGCUGUCGACGUGGUGCACACUUUAAAUUUCCCCAAAUUCCCGACGCCUAUCCCUAAAUCCUCCGCUUCGACUUCAGUCUCGUUGUCGUUUGCCUCUUGGAAUUCGGGCAAUUCGCUGAAAGCAUCCCGUGAUUCCAAGAGAGAUUAUGUUUCCGGUGCAGGGAAAUCACGUCUUUUGAAGGUUACGGCGACGGCGGCGACGGCGGAGAAGCCGUCCACGGUGCCGGAGAUUGUGCUGCAGCCAAUCAAAGAUAUUUCCGGCACUGUUAAAUUGCCGGGCUCCAAAUCUCUUUCCAACCGUAUUUUACUUCUUGCUGCUCUCUCUGAGGGAACAACCGUGGUGGAAAAUUUACUAAGCAGUGAUGAUAUUCAUUAUAUGCUCGGUGCCCUGAAAACGCUCGGUCUUCACGUGGAAGAAGACAAAGCUAAUCAAAAGGCGGUUGUGGGAGGCAGCGGUGGUCUAUUUCCAGUGUCGAAAGAAGCAAAGGAUGAAAUUCAACUUUUCUUAGGAAAUGCAGGAACUGCUAUGCGCCCGUUGACUGCUGCAGUUGUCGCUGCUGGUGGCAAUGCGAGAUAUGUACUUGAUGGUGUUCCUCGAAUGAGAGAGCGGCCCAUUGGUGAUUUAGUCACUGGACUUAAACAGCUUGGUGCAGAUGUUGAUUGUUUUCUCGGCACAAAUUGCCCCCCUGUUCGUGUCGUGGGGAAAGGGGGCCUCCCUGGUGGAAAGGUUAAGCUCUCUGGAUCGGUUAGCAGCCAAUACUUGACAGCUUUGCUAAUGGCUGCUCCCCUCGCCCUUGGAGAUGUUGAAAUUGAAAUCAUCGACAAACUGAUCUCUGUUCCUUAUGUCGAGAUGACACUCAAGUUGAUGGAACGAUUUGGUGUCUUUGUCGAGCAUACAGACAGCUGGGACAGAUUCUUGGUUCGAGGAGGUCAGAAGUACAAGUCUCCCGGAAAUGCCUUUGUUGAAGGCGAUGCCUCAAGCGCCAGUUACUUCUUAGCCGGGGCAGCCAUUACCGGAGGAACUAUUACCGUUGAAGGUUGCGGCACAAGCAGUUUGCAGGGCGAUGUUAAAUUUGCCGAAGUUCUUGAAAAGAUGGGCGCUGAAGUCUCCUGGACUGAGAAUAGCGUAACGGUGAAAGGCCCGCGACGCAUACCUGGAAAGAAACAUUUACGUCCCGUCGAUGUCAACAUGAACAAAAUGCCGGAUGUCGCCAUGACCCUCGCUGUUGUGGCACUUUUUGCGGACGGACCCACGGCUAUUAGAGACGUCGCGAGCUGGAGGGUUAAAGAAACCGAACGAAUGAUCGCCAUAUGCACAGAACUCAGAAAGUUGGGGGCGACAGUUGAAGAAGGUCCAGACUACUGCGUAAUCACUCCACCUGAGAAAUUAAGCGUGGCAGCCAUUGACACAUACGACGACCACAGAAUGGCCAUGGCAUUUUCUCUUGCUGCCUGUGGAGAUGUUCCCGUCACAAUCAAAGAUCCCGGCUGCACCCGCAAGACCUUCCCCAAUUAUUUUGAUGUCCUCGCCACAUACUCGAAGCAUUAAACAUCCUCCCGGUGACCUGGUAAGAGACCUUAUCUGUAUGUCUUUCCCCUGUUUUUUUUUUGUCACUUUAUGUCUCUAGAGCUAUUGUUGUUUCCGCGGCCUUGAGGAUUUCGAUAUAAAUGUUUGUUUUUCGUUUUCGUGUUUGUAUUUAUUGUCGACGGCCGAUAGAGAGAGAUACAUACGCAUGUGAACUCAAACACCCUGUGGAGUCAUGAAAUUUUACUGUUGUUUUCUUGCA